AGUGACCCUCCUCUACGCUUUACCUCCUAUUCUUCAAGAUGACAUUCACAUCGACGCCAGCAUCGCUCGACCCUACAUCGAAGGCAGCCACCGAGCUGACCGCUCGUUCUCAUACGCCCACCGUCGCCUCUGUCGAAGACCCCAGUGUUUCCCAGCUAUUCUCACUCAAAGGCCGUACCUCAAUAGUUACUGGCGGGGCUCGUGGCCUCGGGAUAACCCUUGCCUCCGCCCUCCUCGAAUCAGGCUCGCAUGUCUACUGCGUCGACAUCUCUCCUGAACCGUCUCCGAAGGAAUGGGCCGCUCUCGUCGUCAAAGCUGACGAACUGAAGCUGGUUGUGAAGUACAGAAAGUUGGAUAUUACCGAUGCGGAAGCUGUGGGGGAGUGUUUCAAGGGCAUUGCUGCAGAGGCGCCCGAGCCUGUCAGGGUGCUUCUCGGUGCCGCUGGAAUCCAGCACGAGUGCCCUGCGGUGGAUUACAAGAUCAAUGAUUUCAGGAGGGUCAUGGAUGUGAAUGUGACGGGAACAUUCAAUACCGCUCAGGCCGCAUGCCGGGUUAUGAUGGAGCACGGGAUGGGCGGAUCCAUCGCUCUCAUCGCUUCCAUGAGUGGUAGCGUAGCGAACCGUGGCCUUUCAUGCGCUGCAUACAACGCCUCCAAAUCCGCUCUCCUUCAACUCGCGCGCUCCACUGCCUCCGAAUGGGGCCCCCAUAAGAUCCGCGUCAACACUAUCUCUCCAGGGUAUAUCAUGACCGCCAUGACCGCUCAACUCAUCGCAGACCGUCCUGACGAUAAGCUUGAGGAGAGGUGGGCGAACGAUAAUAUGAUGGGGAGGGUGAGUUUGCCAUGGGAGUAUAAGGGCCCAGCUAUAUUCUUAGCGAGUGACGCGAGUGCGUUUUGCACUGGGAUGGAUUUGAGGGUCGAUGGCGGACACUGUGCUUGGUGAUUCGAGGUUAGGGGAAGUCCUCGAGUUCAGGCUACAAUUAUAUGUAAAUUACCUUUCUGCAUGGGGAUUUUUAAAGAAUCUAUCGAGUCGGAUGUUCUAGACUAUUUA